GCCGCCGCUCCGGUGGGUUCGGGAACGGGAGAAAAAACGGGCGGGGGAUUUUACCGGAUUUACCGGGAUUUACCGGGAUUGGGAUCCCCGGGAUCUGCCCUGAGCCGCGCUGCCGCCCGCAGGUCCCGGAUCCGCCCUGAGCUGAGAAAAUGCACGGGCGGCUCAAGCUCCGCCCCCCGGACGCGGCGAGGCGCCGGCAGCGAGAGGAGAAACUGCGGCUGUACCGGGAGGCCAUGGACACCUUACUGGGGGAGCCGCUCCCAGACCAGGUUCUGUCCCUCACUGGUUCCGUCCUGGCCGCCAACCCCGAUGUGGGCACCUGCUGGAACCUGCGGAGACGCGUGCUGGGAGCACUGGGAGGGGACUGGGUGCCCUCGGAGCUCUCCUUCGUGGGGCAGUGCCUGGGGGUGAACCCCAAGUCCUAUGGGGCGUGGCACCACCGGGGCUGGGUGCUGGCGAGGGCGCCCCCUGCUGGCCGGGAGGACCUGGCGCUGUGCGAGCGGCUGCUGGCGGCCGACCCCCGCAACUUCCACGCCUGGGAGCACAGACGGACUCUGGUGGCCAGGCAGGACGCCGAGGCCGAGCUGGCCUUCGCCGGGGACCUGCUGAGCCGGGACUUCUCCAACUUCUCGGCCUGGCACCACCGGCUGCGGCUGCUGGCGCCCAGCAGGGACUGCGGGGCGGGCGGGGGCGGGGCGCUGCCACCCCAAAGGAUGAAGGAAGAGCUGGAGCUGGUGCAAAACGCCGUCUUCACUGACCCCACGGACCAAAGUGCCUGGGUUUACCUGCGCUGCAUCCUUUCCAGAGCCCCCCCACCACCGAGGGUCAUCUGUGUCCACGUUGACCGGGAGGAUGCAACGGUGGCCGUCGUCUUCUCCCGGCCUGUCAAGGUGGACCCAGAGUGCCCGGAGCUGACAGCAACCCUGGAUGGCGCCGCUCUGCCCGGCCCCUGGCGCUCAGGGGAGGGGCGUUGCCUGCUCACCCUGUCCCUGCUCUUGGCUGCUCUGGAUCCCCGUGGCCACGCCCAGGAGAUCCGGGAGCACCUGAGGAGCCUGCAGGACGCUGACCCCCUGCGCUCGGGGUUCGUGGCCGAUGUCCGUUCCCGCUUCGAGUCCGUACUGGGAAUACUGGGAGCAGGGGAGGGGCUGAGCUUGCCCGCCAAGGAGCUGACGGUGAUGCCUCUCCUGGAGCACGUGGCCACCAUCACCCGGCUGGAGCUGGCCCACAACGAGCUGAGGGCGCUGCCGGCGGCACUGGGGGCGCUCAGGAGGCUGCGGGAACUGGAUCUCUCCGAUAAUCACGUAACUGAACUGGGCUCGGCCCCGCCCCUCCCCCGACUGGAGCUGCUGAGGCUGGACCGGAACCCCAUCGCUCUCCCCGCCGCUCUCUCCCCAUUGGCUCUCUGGCCCCGCCUCUCCCGCCUGGGAUUGGCCGAGACCCCGCUGGGCUCCGCCCCCGACGGCCCCGCCCGCGUCACCGAGCUGCUUCCGGCCGUUGACAUCACCUUCGGCUGAUUGGCUGCUGGGCGCUGACAUCACCUUCAGCUGAUUGGCUGCUGUGCUCUGGUCACGCCCCUGGUCACUUCCGGGUUUGGCGGGUGCUUCCGGGCUUGGCCACGCCCACUCCCGGUGGUUAAUAAAGUGACGUCACUCAGUUUGUGCUGGUCCCUCCCAGUUCCCUCCCAGUCCAUCCCAG